AUGACCUCAGUAUCAGACGCAGCCUCUGCUGGCAAGGUGAUGACCUCAGUAUCAGACGCAGCCUCUGCUGGCAAGGUGAUGACCUCAGUAUCAGACGCAGCCUCUGCUGGCAAGGUGAUGACCUCAGUAUCAGACGCAGCCUCUGCUGGCAAGGUGAUGACCUCAGUAUCAGACGCAGCCUCUGCUGGCAAGGUGAUGACCUCAGUAUCAGACGCAGCCUCUGCUGGCAAGGUGAUGACCUCAGUAUCAGACGCAGCCUCUGCUGGCAAGGUGAUGACCUCAGUAUCAGACGCAGCCUCUGCUGGCAAGGUGAUGACCUCAGUAUCAGACGCAGCCUCUGCUGGCAAGGUGAUGACCUCAGUAUCAGACGCAGCCUCUGCUGGCAAGGUGAUGACCUCAGUAUCAGACGCAGCCUCUGCUGGCAAGGUGAUGACCUCAGUAUCAGACGCAGCCUCUGCUGGCAAGGUGAUGACCUCAGUAUCAGACGCAGCCUCUGCUGGCAAGGUGAUGACCUCAGUAUCAGACGCAGCCUCUGCUGGCAAGGUGAUGACCUCAGUAUCAGACGCAGCCUCUGCUGGCAAGGUGAUGACCUCAGUAUCAGACGCAGCCUCUGCUGGCAAGGUGAUGACCUCAGUAUCAGACGCAGCCUCUGCUGGCAAGGUGAUGACCUCAGUAUCAGACGCAGCCUCUGCUGGCAAGGUGAUGACCUCAGUAUCAGACGCAGCCUCUGCUGGCAAGGAGUUCUGA